AUGUCCGUCCCUCAAACCAUCAACAAUGACACUGCUGCUGUUAUUCAGCCUGUCGGGCCCUUUGCCGCUGAAUCCCCUGCUGUCACCACGUUUCCGCAAGACGACAUUCCUCGUUUCAUCAAGGAAGAAGAAGUUCGAGAAGAAACGGCGCCUCAAGCCUUCCAUUCGUCGUGGAUCUGCAGAAAAAUUGUCAGUUCUUCGUUCGAGGCUGACAGGGAUUUUGUGAAGCAGGUGCAGCGCCUAUUCACCUGA